AAGCCAAGUCCCUGUCUUCCAACAGGAGCGUUCACCCAGGCUCACCUCCCACCUUGCCGUUUGCCCUGGAGAGGCGCUGACAUGAGAAGUGAGGAAUUGUAUUAGCGCGCCCUGCUCGGCGCUGGGGCAGGCGGGCGUUGCAGCAGUCCAGGCAUCUGCUGGGAUUGUGGCGUGGUGAUUGGAGCUUUCAGCACGACCCUUGCACUGCCCUGAGGCUGGGAAGGCUGUCACUGCUGCAGGAGGUAAAAUAAGAACAUGGCAUGAUGUCCUUUGGAAAAGGAGCCAUGGCAGCCAUCAGGAAGAAGCUGGUGAUCGUGGGAGAUGGUGCCUGUGGGAAGACGUGCCUGCUGAUCGUGUUCAGCAAGGACCAGUUCCCCGAGGUGUACGUGCCCACCGUGUUUGAGAACUACAUUGCUGACAUAGAGGUGGAUGGGAAGCAGGUGGAGCUGGCCCUGUGGGACACAGCAGGGCAGGAGGACUAUGACAGGCUGCGGCCGCUCUCGUACCCCGACACUGACGUGAUCCUCAUGUGCUUUUCCAUCGACAGCCCGGACAGUCUUGAGAACAUCCCUGAGAAGUGGACACCGGAGGUGAAGCACUUCUGCCCGAGCGUGCCCAUCAUCCUGGUGGGGAACAAGAAGGACCUGCGGCACGACGAGCACACGCGGCGGGAGCUGGCCAAGAUGAAGCAGGAGCCGGUGAAGCCAGAGGAGGGGAGGGACAUGGCCAACAGGAUCAAUGCCUUUGGCUACCUGGAGUGCUCGGCCAAGACGAAGGAGGGGGUGCGGGAGGUGUUCGAGAUGGCCACGCGGGCCGGCCUGCAGGUGCGCAAGAGCAGGAGGCGCCGGGGCUGCCCGCUGCUGUGAGCCCUGUGCUGCCCUGUGCCCUGUGCUGCCCUGUGCUGCCUUGUGCUGCCCUGUGCCCU